UGAACGUUCUCCGUCAGCUCGGCGCGCAGUCGGGCGGCGAGUUCGCGGGGUUCAAGUCGUGGACGGCCGGCGGCUCGCCCGCCAAAUGCGCCACGUACUUCGGAGUGACGUGCGACGCGGCAGGCAACAUCGUCGCCAUCAACGUGACAGGAGCGGGUCUCAAGGGCCCAAUCGACGAUCUCUCCAAACUCGCCGCGCUGGAAUCGCUCGACCUGAGUCAGAACGGCGAGAUUACGGCGCUGCCGGAGUCACUGGCGAAGCUCAAGAAGCUCAAACUUCUCAAUGUGAACAACUGCUGGAUCGGGGGGCGUAUCCCGCCCUUUCUCGGCCAACUCACUGCCCUCACAUUCCUGAGCAUUGGUGGUAACCCGUUUGUGGGCGCGGUACCUUUCAGCUUCGGCAACCUAGUCAACCUCAUCUCCCUCAACAUCGCAGCAACAGGCAUCGAAGGCGUGGGAGGCGCCCUGCCGUCCAGCCUUUCCAGCCUGACCAAGCUCAAAGAGCUCUAUCUGCGCAAGAACCGCUUUAAGGGCCCGCUGCCAGCCUUCCUCGGCACAUUCACGGACCUGGAGCACCUCGUGGUGAGCACCAACUACUGGACAGGUACCAUCCCCACGGCACUAUCGAACCUCAAGAAGCUCAAGAACCUGGGGCUGAGGGAGACCACACUAGAGGGCGAGAUCCCAACGUUCCUGGGCACAAUGGCCCAGCUCACAUACCUCUCCCUGUCAGACACGCGGCUGUACGGGGAGGUGCCCAGGGCGCUCAACGGCCUUGCCAACCUCAGAGAGCUGUAUCUCGAGAACGGAUGGUUCUACGGCCCCCUGCCUGACCUCACCGGUCUCAAGAAGCUCACUCAAAUCGACCUCUCCGAGAACUACUUCUCAGGUCCGCUCCCCUCCUUCCUGCGUCAAGUCAAGCAAGUCAACGCGGACAGCAACUACUUCUCAGGCUCUGCCGCCGCCCUCCCCUGCUCCGACCUCUUCUCAGUCAACGGCAACUGCCUCUCCUCCGUCCCCUCCCAGUGCGGGUGA